AUGCAACUCACCGGAGAAAUCAACGACAUAACGGUGUCUCCGAGCUUCAAUUGCUACUCUUCCGAUAGUUUGACGGCCAAGGCGGCCGCCAAAGUCAGCCGUGAAGUUGAGCAGGAACGGAUUGAUGAAUUUCAGGAAUUUAGUGAGGUUGAUGAAGAGGAUUUCGAGUUUUCCUUGGAGUUCGCCGGCGAAGAAUUUUCAGCGGAAGAGCUCGCUCUCGCCGGUCGGUUACUUUUUCCGAUUUUCAACAGCGAUCUAGUAACGAAGGAUGAGGUAGAUCGUGUAGUUAAGGAAGUAGAUGAUGAGCAUGAUGUUGAUUCUCUCAUCAUUCCGUUACAUAAGUUGUUCGUCGAUGAUAGCGAUGAAUCUAGGUCAUCGUCUUCGUCGUCAGAAGUGGAUGAUUUGGAAGAUAGGCCUUCUGGAACAUUCUGUGUGUCGUGGCGUAAGGCUAACGCUGGAUCGCCAACUCUUGCUAAGAAGAGUAGGUCUACUGGAUCUGGUUCGAGAACCUGGAAAAUUAAGGAUUUGCUUCGCCGGAGCAACAGCACAGGGUCAGAGACGGUGUUCUUUUUGUGUCCUAAGAGAGUCGAGGCUUCAAACAGGAAACGGUACGGCAAGUCCCGCGAAGUUCGCAAAGUCACCGGAAAGUCGAAAACGGCGUCAUCUCCGUCGUUUCACGAACUAUUUUACGUUCAAAAAAGAGCAGAACAGAAAGGAGAAAAGAUGAAAUCGUAUCUACCCUACAGGCAAGAUCUCCUAGGAUUUUCCGUCAAAGUUAACGGAAGUGGAAAUAAGAAGUUGCCAUUCUAA